AUGUACGCUACCAUCGAUGCGGAUGAGCUCAAGGUCCGCACAGGCAUGUUGUACAAGAAGGGAAAACGCGGACUCGUGUUCGGUCGAGCCAACUGGAAGCCUCGGUUCUUUGUGUUAACUUCGAAGGCAUUGCGGUACUAUGCGUCUGCGACGGGGUCGUUGAAGGGCGUGGUGGAUUUGACAGCGUGCGGCCCCCACGACAUCCAAGCGAUGCCGCAGGACUGCCCCAAGACGGGCACAUCGAGCGCUUCCAUUUGGCGUAUAGCCAUCCAAACCCCCACGAGGCGCUUCUUUCUGGCCGCCCAGACGUCCCAUGACAUGGACGCGUGGGUGCACGAUCUGGUUGAAGUCACAACGCAUGGUCUCGGCUGCCGUGUUGAAGAAGUCGAACACGACAUAACAGUACGACGGCGACACGCGAUGCGGUGA